AUGGACUGGACUCCAGUCGAGCUGCUAGAGCUGCCGAAUCAAUCGCAAGACCCGAGGAUUGGGUCGGGCCGUGAAAAUGCCACCGGCGGCACCCUGAGCCACGCCUCAAACAACGCCGGGGACGGGAACUCGUCAUCGGUCGAGUCGCUGGGCAGCACUUUUGUGCCCGUCCUCGUCUUCGCCGGCGUCUGCCUGCUCAUCUUCUUCACGCUGCGCCGGAAAUGCCCCCGCGUCUACACUGUAAGGACGUUCCUCGGUGCCGAAACGCCAGAGAUACCAGACGAUUUCAUCCUCAAGAACUGCUCCCUCGACGGCUUCUUCUUCCUACGCUUCAUCCGUGUCCUUAUCACCAUUUCCUUCGUUGGCUGCUUGAUGACAUGGCCCAUCCUGCUGCCCAUCCACGCUACCGGCGGACGCGACCUGACCGGCCUCGACAUGCUCACCAUCGGGAACGUCGAGAGCAAGAACAAGAGCUAUGCCCAUGUUGUCGUGUCCUGGAUCUUCUUUGGCUUCAUCCUCUACACCGUCUCCCGUGAGACCAUCUUCUACAUUAACCUCCGCCAGGCCUACUUCCUCUCCCCUCGCCAGGCGCACAGGCUGUCGUCGCGCACCGUGCUCUUCACGUGCGUGCCGCACCGGUUUCUAGACGAGCGGCGGAUCCGCAAGCUCUUUGGAGACACCGUCAAGGACGUCUUCAUCCCGAGAAAUACAAAGAUCCUGAGUAAUCUGGUGGAGGAGAGGGAGCAAACCGCCAUCCGGCUCGAAAACGCCGAGAUCGAACUUAUCAAGAAGGCCAACUGGGCCCGCAACAAGUAUCUCGCUGCCCACCCGGAGGAAGCUGCCGCGAUUGCAGCCGCGGAGCAAGCCGCUGCAGACGCAGCACGCGAGCAGACCGAGCCCAUCAGCUCCCAGUCUUCGACCGGAUCCCCGGCCGACUCGGGCAUCGGCAAUGACGACGAGGACAACAGCGAGCGAUCGGCGCCGCCCAAGAAGAAGGGCUUCCUGCCGGGGACAAAGAUCCGCAUCCUACCCCGCUCCUUGACCGGGUCGACCUCGUCCGCCGACUCCCAGGGCGACAACCAGCAGCAGUCCAAGAACCCGUUCGCGUCACCGCUAUCCCCCUCGUUCUGGACGUCCCGCAUCAAGAGGGCCUCGAGCAGCGCGCCCGUCGAGGACUCGGGCGCGUACGAAAAGUACGACGAAGACGAGUACAAGCACCCCUACGGCUUGUCCGCAGACCUUGCCGACCUGCGCGGCUCCGUAGCGGCGCAGUACAUCAAGGCCGAGGACCGCCCCCACCACCGGCCCAUUGCCAACUUUGGGCGCCGCGUCGACACGAUACGCUGGUGCCGCCGUCGCAUCCGCGAGCUCAACGUGCAGAUCGGCAAGCUGCGGCACAAGCACCGCAACGGCAAGGGCAACCCGGUCAACGCCGUCUUCAUCGAGUUCGACGACCAGGCCGCGGCGCAGGCGGCCUACCAGCUCCUCUCGCACCACCAGCCCUUGCACAUGUCGCCGCGGUUCAUCGGCAUCCGGCCCCGCGACGUGGUCUGGCCCGUGUUGCGCAUGCGCUGGUGGGAGCGCAUCAUGAGGCGCUUCGGCAUCAUGGGUCUGAUCGCCGCCGCCGUCAUCUUCUGGUCCAUCCCCUCGGCCUUUGUGGGCAUCGUGUCCAAGGUCAGCUUCCUGACGUCGCACGUCCCCUUCCUGAAGUGGAUCGACCAGCUGCCCAAGGUCAUCGUCGGCGUCAUCGAGGGCCUGCUGCCCGCCGUCGCCCUGUCGCUGUGGAUGGCGGCCGUGCCCUUCAUGCUGCGCUUCUGCGCCCGCAGCUCGGGCGUACCGUCGAGGCCCAUGGUCGAGCUCUUCACGCAGUCGGCCUACUUUGUCUUCCAGGUCGUCCAGGUCUUCCUCGUCACGACGCUGACCUCGGCCGCCUCGGCCGCCCUGACCGACAUCCUCGCCAACCCGCUGUCCAUCAAGGACAUGCUGUCGCAGAACCUGCCCAAGGCCUCCAACUUCUACCUGUCCUACAUCCUCGUGCAGUGCCUCGCCGGCGGCGCGCAAAACCUGGUUCAUACCUUUGAGCUGAUCCGGCACCAGGUCAUCGGCCGGUUCGUCGACAACCCGCGCAAGCGGUGGAACACGUGGAUCCGCCUCAAGCCCGUCCACUGGGGGAGCAUCUUCCCCGUCUUUACCAACCUGGGCGUCAUUGCAAUCUCGUACUCGUGCAUCGCCCCCCUCAUCCUGGGCUUCGCCGGCCUGGGCAUGUGCGUCACCUACAUCGUCUACCGCUACAACCUCAUUUACAACCUCGACUCGGACCUCGACACCAAGGGGCUCGUCUACCCGCGCGCCCUCAUGCACCUGCUCGUCGGACUCUACCUCGCCGAGAUCUGCAUGAUCGGCCUCUUCGCCCUCAACUCGUCCUUUGUACCACUCGUCCUCAUGGCUAUGUUCACCGUCUUCACGGCACUGGUGCACAUCUCCCUCAACGAGGCGCUCGGCCCGCUCAUGUACAACCUGCCGCGCUCGCUGGCCCUCGAGGACGAGGACCUCAUCGGAGAAUGGCGCGAGGACGAGAACGCGACUGCGCCUGCCGCUACCGACGACGACGGGGUCACAGGUGGUGGCGGCGCGGCGGACUACUACAACAUGGAGGAAGGCUUCGGCAUGGAGGACGACGAAGAUGGCGACGGCGUCGUGCACGGCCCCAGCACGUCGCGCGGCGGGAUGCCCGAGGGCGCAAAGGGCUUAAUGGGCUCCGUGACGGACUGGGUCAAGGGGGCGGCGAGCAAGAAGUUCCAGGAGGAGGCCGACGAGUCCGGGCUGUCGAGGAUUUCGGCCAAGCUCAGCAAGUGGAUGACGCCGGACCGGAACAAAAAGCCCAACUUUAUGACACGCUGGCUGCACCCAGAGAUCUACGAGGACUUCCUGUUCCUACGGGAGAAAUAUUUUGCCGUCCCCAAGGAGGAGGACGAGAAGGACGCUGGCGGCCAAGCUGGCGGCGAUGGGGAGGAGGACAACAAUGAGUCCAACGACAAGGCGAACGUUGUGGACGAGGGCCUCAGGAAGGCUAUGGAGGAGCAGCACUUUCGGCGGAGGGGGUACUACCCGCCCGAGAUGUGGCUGCCAGCGCCCAAGAUCUGGGUGCCCCGCGACCCGGCGAGGGUGAGCAGGCAGGAGGUCGGGCACUCGCGGGGCAUCGUCGAGGCGACGGACCGGGGCAUUUGGAUCAACCCCAAGGCGGAUCGGGUGGUGAUUGGCGACCUGGCCCAGGCGCCGUACGAGGACCCCCGGCUAUAUACCCAUUUGAUAUGA